CGCAGCCGUGCUAGUCGGCUCAGAUGGGAUGCUGCUGUCUCCAGAGUUCUCUCCACAGGCUGUGUGAAGUCCUACCACUCUUUUUAAUCAUAAAAUCCACCGACGCCGCCGUGUGCCCUGGUCAAGGCUCGUGAUCAAUGACGGCUUCUGUCAGCGAUGGCUGUUGUGUCAUGGAAGGAGGUCUUACUUCUGACUGGGCUGGUGGUGGGAUGCUACUGGAACAGCUUGUCAUGCGGGUUCGUGUUCGACGACGUGUCGGCGAUCCUCGACAACAAGGACCUGCGCCCCUCCACCCCGCUAUCCAACCUGUUCCUCAACGACUUCUGGGGAACCCCCAUGGCUGAGGAGCGGAGCCAUAAGUCCUACAGACCGCUGACGGUGUUCACGUUCCGGCUGAACUACCUGUUCAGCGAGCUGAGCGCGGCGUCCUACCACCUAUUCAACGUGGUCCUGCAUGCCGUCGUGUGCCUGCUCUUCCUGCGGGUCUGCCGGCUGUUCCUGGACCAGACCUCCAGCCUGGUGGCGGCUCUGCUGUUCGCCGUUCACCCCAUCCACACCGAGGCUGUCACCGGCGUUGUUGGUCGAGCUGAGCUCCUGUCUUCAAUCUUCCUCCUGGCUGCUUUCCUGUCCUACACUAAAUCGACGAGCGCCGACCACUCCAUCGUUUGGGCUCCCAUUGCACUGACCGUAGUAUUGGUUGCCGCGGCAACGCUGUGUAAAGAGCAGGGCAUCACCGUGGUGGGCAUCUGCUGCGUCCACGAGGUGUUUGUUGCACAAGGGUUCACUCUACCCACGCUGCUGGACACCCUGCGGAAAGUCCUGCAGGGCAAAGACGGCUUCCCCUACGCCGUCCUGCAGACGCUCCUGAAGCUCAUCGUCCUGGUCAUCAGCACCCUGCUGCUGGUCAUCGUCAGGGUGCAGGUCAUCCAGUCCCAGCUCCCCGUCUUCACCAGGUUUGAUAACCCGGCAGCCGUCAGCCCCACUCCCACCAGACAACUGACCUUCAACUACCUGCUUCCCGUGAACGCCUGGCUUCUGCUGGAUCCCUCGGAGCUCUGCUGCGACUGGACUAUGGGCACCAUCCCCCUGGUGGAGUCACUCCUGGACCCCCGUAACCUGGCCACCCUGGGGUUCUACACAUCUCUGGGGCUGCUGGCCCAUCACAGCCUGUGGUACAGACACAGCUCCGCCAAGACCGUCAUCAUGGCCUUGUCUUUGAUGGUCCUGCCUUUCAUCCCGGCGUCCAACCUCUUCUUCCCCGUGGGUUUCGUGGUGGCGGAGAGGGUGCUUUACGUGCCCAGCAUGGGCUUCUGUGUUCUGGUCGCGCAUGGAUUCAGGGUCGCCUCCCAGAAAGGGAAACUGAAGAAAGUGUCCUGGCUGAUCAUUGGAGGGCUGUUAACGACUCACGCCGUGAAAACCUUCAACAGGAACUGGGACUGGGAGUCGGAAUACACCCUGUUCACCGCCGCCCUGAAGGUCAACAAGAACAACGCUAAGCUGUGGAACAACGUGGGCCACGCGCUGGAGAACCAGAACCACUACGGAGAGGCGUUGCAGUACUUCCUACAGGCCACCCGCGUCCAGCCAGAUGACAUCGGCGCUCACAUGAAUGUCGGCAGAACCUACAAGAACCUGAACAGGUCCAAAGAGGCGGAGGAAGCCUACUUGGUGGCCAAGGCCCUCAUGCCGCAGGUAAUUCCAGGUAAGAAGUAUGCGACGCGUGUGGCGCCUAACCACCUCAACGUUUACAUCAACCUGGCGAAUCUGAUCCGGGCCAACGAGUCGCGGCUGGAGGAGGCCGACCAGCUCUACAGACAGGCCAUCAGCAUGAGGCCCGACUUCAAACAGGCCUACAUCAGCAGGGGGGAGCUGCUUCUGAAGAUGAACAAGCUGACGGAGGCCCGCGACGCAUAUCUCCGAGCCCUGGAGCUGGACCGCACCAACGCCGACCUGUGGUACAACCUGGCCAUCGUCAACAUCGAGAUGAAGGACCCGUCCGAGGCCCUGAAGAACUUCAACCACGCCCUGGAGCUCAACCCUCGCCACAAGCUGGCGCUCUUCAACUCGGCGCUGCUCAUGCAGGAGUCCGGUGAGCCGAGGUUCUGGCCCGAGGCCAACCGCCGCUUCCUCACCUACGUGGAGGAGGAGCCGGCCGACGCCAACGGCUACUUCAACCUGGGCAUGCUGGCCAUGGACGCCAGCGAGAACGCGGCGGCGGAGCGCUGGAUGCGCCGGGCCAUCGGGCUGCAGGCGGGCUUCCGCAGCGCGCUCUUCAACCUGGCGCUGCUGUACUCGCAGUGGCGGCGCGAGGUGGACGCGCUGCCCGUGCUGGACGAGCUGCUGCGGCACCACCCCGAGCACGUCAAGGGCCUCAUCCUGAAGGGCGACAUCCUCAUGAACCACCGCAAGGACACGGCCGGCGCCAAGGCCUGCUUCCAGCGCAUCCUGGCCGCCGACCCGGGCAACGUGCAGGGCAAGCACAACCUGUGCGUGGUCUACUUCGAGGAGCGCGACCUGCCGCGCGCCGAGCGCUGCCUGCAGGAGGCGCUGGCGCUGGCGCCCCACGAGGAGUACAUCCGCCGCCACCUCGCCAUCGUGCGGGGCAAGAUGGCCGCCAUGAGCGCGGCGGGGCAGCCGCUGUCCUCGGGGCCGGUGCUCGGCGCUCCGGCCCCGGCGGUGGAGGAGGAGAAGGAGAAGGACGGAGCGGCGGAGGAGUCCGUGGAGGCGGAGGAAGCCGCCGUGGGGGAGAAGAAUGCACGGAAAUCCCCUGCAGAAAACCUCGGCGGCGGCGAAGGCGGUGAAGCCGGUGAAGGCGGAGACCAAUCAGAGGCCUCGGACGGCGGCGAGGACCAAUCAGAGGCCUCGGACGGCGGCGAGGACCAAUCAGAGGCCUCGGACGGCGGCCAGCCUGGCAAGCGGACUAAGGAUAAGUCCACUCAAGAGAUUAAAGACAUAGAGGAGAAGCGAGCAGCUGCCUUGAAGAGACUAGAGGAGAUUGAGCGCAUAUUAAGUGGUGAUUGACAUCGUGGUUUAUAGCUGGACUACUUCUGUAGCGCUCCUCGCCCCAGAACCCCCCCCAGCCCCCCCGACCUGCAUCACAUCUGCAGAUGUUUCAACACUAAUCACUGAAGAAGGGAAGCUCUGCCACGAUGGGAUAUUUAAACGGUUGCGAGUGUCUGUGUGAGAAAGAGAGAGAGUGUUAUUUACUAGUUAUAUUUACUUUUUCAUGUUUAUCACUGGAUUUUUAUAUAAACACUAUAUCUAUAUGUUGAUAUAUGGAUAUAUAUAUAUCUGUGUCACAUGUGUAAAGGUGUGAGUCAUUCCUCCGGAGGGAUUGUUCGGUCGGACAAUGACAGGAAGUGACGCGUCCUGCAGAUAUCCUCCCGCCGGGGUGAUGUCACGGUUACCACGGUAAUCCCUCCCAACUCCCCAUCGGCAGCGGUGAAUAUUUAUGGAUCCGACCCGCUGCUUCCUGCUGUGACGUCAUCACAUCCAUGACCGUCUCAAUGCAGCAUCAUCGGCAUCCACAUCUCGUUGAUACGGCGACGCCCGGGUUUUUUUUUUUUUACAAUGGUUAACAAUGACGCAAUGUUAACAAUGUUUUCAUUUUCCGACACUGUUUCCACCUCAAACACGGGGGGAUUUUUCCCUCUUCCUUAUUUUUUACUCAGAACACGGAUCUCCUACGUUGUGAUUUAAUAAAACGUAGCGGCAUCAGCCGUUUCCAGCGUGCGUUUACAGUUUUUCACCACUGUGAUUGUCCAGAAUCAGAAUCAAAAAUGCACUGCAGUUUUUUUUCUCCAGUACCAGCACUCCAGUACCACAGAACUGCACCGGUCCUGCUCCGCCAGAAACCCCGGCACCUGAUUGGUCACACUCCAAGAAGCCCAAUAGUUUGACUACUGGAUUCGUUGUCCUCUUUAGGGUAAAUGAUGUGGAACUGGGUUUUUUCAGAUGUUCCUGAGUUCCCUCCACGUUGCCACCGCCGGUUGCGGCCCUCAGUCGCUAGGAACUGAUGCAUUCUGGGAGAGCAGGAGGGCGGGACCAAGUAGCUUUGCUUGGCCCUGAAACGUCUUUAUACCUAUAUCCUCAAAGCUUUUGUAUGCAAACUUAAUACCUUUUACACUGUAUGUAAAGCGCUUUCCCUCUUCUUUUAUCGAAAUAGUUUCUGGUACCAAUGGACGCCACAUCCUCCAGACUGGAGAGAAGAGGGACCAUCAGGACUGUUUUCAGCGCUUAGAAACUAAGACUAUCUUGUUUUUUUCUUCUUAAGAUGCUACUCCUCAGUUUAUACAUCUUUCAUGUUUUCUUUAUUCCAUUUUGAGAAAAGUUUGGCUUGAUAAGAUUAGCAAAUGAUUGGAUUCUGUUGAUUUUUCCCAACUUUUUGGGGGAAUUGGACGCGUUUAACAUGAAGCUACUGUAAUUAUUCACUCUCUAUAUUCUCAUUUCUUAGGAAAAAGAAAUUCUAGACUAACUGGAGAGACUCUGACCGUCUUUGGUCCUCAGAGCCUCUCAUGGGUUCCGCUUUUGCAACAACUCACCAUCACAAUCAACGAAGCAGAAUCCUGUUUCAGUAAGAAACCAGCAGGAAACCAGUAAAAAAUAAGUGAGAAACCAACAAAAAAACCUGCAAAGAACUAAUGAGAAACCCAUAAGAACCAAUAAAUAACCAGUGAGAAAUCAGUAAGAAACCAACAUCUUUCUACGUAUAUCCUCAAAGCCUUAGUAUGCAAACUUAAUACCUUUUACACUGUAUGUAAAGCGCUUUCCCUCUUCUUUUAUACAAAAUCUUAUGCUUCGGCUUCACGGUGCUGUAUUUUUUUUGUUUCACAACAUUCAGCUCAACUCAUUUCACUUGCACAAAAAAGGGAAAUGACCUAAUUCGUUGUUCACCGCAGAGACCAUAUCAGUGUUCACGAAAACAUUGGCCUCCUCGUCUGGAGAGCCCCCCGGUACGAGUUUGGCUCCUUGUCCUUUGUGUUUUCGGUCUGAUUUCCGAUGUUUUUCAUGUAAGACAUGCACUUGGUGGUGGUGGGGGUCUCGGUUAUUGAAUAAAGUGGAAUUAAAACCUG